GAAGGACUAAGGAUAACCUUUCCUUUUUUUUUUUUGUUUUUUCAUGUCAUUAAGACGUUCUGUAGUAUAAGUUUUGAGUCCAUAAAUACAGUUUCACUCGAUCUGUCUGAGCAACGUCAAGUACAUAACUCAUAAGCCAUGUUGGUGGAACUAAUUCACAAAUUUCUCAACUUAGUAGCUCCUCCCUUUACCUUCUUUAGUCUGCUUCUUUUCUUGCCUCCCUUUCAAUUUUUCAAGUUUGUCUCCUCAAUUUUUGGCACCCUUUUCAGUGAAGAUGUUGCUGGAAAGGUCGUCAUCAUUACCGGGGCUUCCUCUGGCAUCGGCGAGUAUCUGGCCUAUGAGUAUGCGAAGAGAGGAGCAUGUUUAACCCUUGCAGCCAGAAGAGAGAGGAGUUUGAAUGAAGUGGCCGAAAAUGCCCGUGAUCUAGGGUCACCAGAUGUUAUAACAGUUCAUGCUGAUGUUUCGAAAGCUGAUGACUGCAGAAGGAUUGUUGAUCAAACCAUGAGUCACUUUGGCCGAUUGGACCAUCUGGUUAACAAUGCUGGAGUGCACGCAAUUACUCUGUUUGAAGACGUAGAAGAUAUCACUGAUCUUAGAUCUGUCAUGGACAUCAACUUCUGGGGUUCUGUCUACAUGACCCGGUUUGCGAUUCCGUAUCUUAGAUAUAGUGGUGGUAGGAUCAUUGUGCUUUCUUCAUCUGCUGCUUGGCUUCCUGCUCCAAGAUCAAGCUUUUACAAUGCAAGCAAAGCAGCAAUAUCUCAAUUCUUCGAGACGUUAAGAAUUGAGUUGGGGCAGGACAUCAAGAUAACUCUGGUAACACCUGGCUUUGUUGAAUCUGAACUAACGCAAGGCAAAUACAUCGAUAAGGGUGGUGAUGUGAAGGUUGAUCAAGGAAUGAGGGAUGUACUAAUAAGCGCGACUCCAGUAGCCAAAGUCGAAUCAUGUGCCAAGACAAUAGUGAACAGCGCUUGUCGAGGCGAAAGAUAUGUGACAAUACCAGCUUGGUUUCGGGUUAGCUAUUUGUGGAAGGUAUUUGCCCCUGAGGUGUUAGAGUGGAUGUACAGACUGAUGUAUCUCACUGGACCCGGAACUUCACCAACGGAUGCUCUUAGCAAGAAAGUAACGGAUUAUACUGGUGCAAAGAAUGUGUUAUAUCCCGAAACCAUCAGAACUGGAGAAACAAAGACUGACUAAUGCUCUGGGAUGCAAGAGAAGUUUGUACAUUCAUGAGUUGUAAGAGUGUGUUUGUCCGUCUGUUCCUACAAGUUGGAGUUUCCACUAGGAAGACCAUUUGAUCUCUGUGGUAGUUUGAAUUGUCACUAUAAAUAAAUUGGGGAUGUUUCAGUUAAA